AUGGGUGAGCAGAAAGGAGCUAGUGUACCCACUCAAGAAGUGCGAGCCCAAUUCAUAGAGACCAAUGACACUAGAUUAGGUGGCGACAGUAAGCUUUUAUUCAAAGAUGAUUCAUCUCCUUUACUCUCUUGCACACCACCUAAUAUAUCGAAAUCUUUGGUUCUGCUGUAUCCAUACCUUAUCGUUUUGAAUGAAGCUUUGAGUAUUUUGACAUGGACAGGUGAAAAUAUUUGGAGAAGUAUUUUAUUAAUUUGUGUCUUUUUGGCUAGUGUUCUAUAUUUCAAUACAAUUGUGAAGUAUUUUGGGCAUAUAAUCAUCAUUUCCACAUUAUUGGGUUAUUCCAAGAUGGAUUCAUUUGUGAGAAAUAGAAUUGGUAACGAACCAAGCUUGGAAGAUAUCAUUAAAGUGAUGGAUAAGGUUUCUAUUAAGUUUGAUCUUUUGUUAUCUCCAUUUUACAAUUUCAAAGAACAGGAUGUGUUAAGAUUGUUGUUCACAAUGACUGUUUUGUCUCCACUCUAUUUUAUUAUUACAUGGUUGUUCUUGCCACCAUGGAAGUUUGUCCUUGUGGGUGGUUUAUUUGUCCUCACUUAUCAUUCACCGUGGGCCAAAGUGACCAGACGGUUGUUAUGGAAGUUUAAGACAGUAAGACUAUUAGUAUUUUAUGUUACUGGGUUAGAUUUAGGGGGUAUUAAUAAAGAUGAAGGUAUUUUAGCAGUGGUUCACAAACAAGUCAAGAGGUUAUCUGCUAUUGAUGGGAAGAUAAUUGAUAAUAAUGGGAAUGAUUUACAUGCCCUUAGUGACAAACCUAUUAGAUUUACCUAUGUAUUGUAUGAAAACCAACGUCGUUGGUUAGGAAUUGGAUGGAAGGCUAGUAUGCUAAGUUAUGAAAGGACUCCGUGGACGGAUGAAUUCCUCAAUGAAGCGCCCCCACCAGAGAACUUUAAUUUACCAGAGGAAAACGCUGGUAUGGUAUGGAAAUGGGUGGAUAAGAGUUGGAGAUUGGACUUGACUAAUGAUGGCGCUAUUGAAUUACCAAGUUCUAAAGCAAAAACUACAGCCGAUCCACGUAAUGAUGAUGCGUUUAUUUACUAUGAUAAUACUUGGAAGAAACCAUCGGUGGAAGAUUCUUACUCGAAGUAUACUAGAAGGAGAAGAUGGGUUAGAACGGCCGAGUUGAUUAAGACUGCGAGCUUUAAUGACAGUAAUACAUUAAAAUCAACAGACAAGAAGGAAGAAGAGGAAUCUAAUCAAGAAUUAGAACCAUUAAGUGAAAAGACAGCUAUAGGACAGGACCAUGUUGAGUAUAAAGACCAAGAUCAAAUCUUUAAAAGAAAGCUAGAUAAAACAACUACAGAUGAUGAUAUAAGUGUAUCUACAAGCUCUGAACAGAACAGAGAAACAAUGGGUCACUCUACAGAAAAAUUAAAUAUUUCCACUGGCUCAACUCCACCAACACCAGUCGAAGGUGUACAGGGCGGACCUCUUCAAAGACAGAGAAGCACUCAAGGAGAAAAACUUGAGAACUGGUUUAAGGAUGUUAAUGUCGAAGAUGUUAAUGAUAAUGAUAAGAAAGAGUUAUGA